AUGGCGGGGAAGAAUGCAAUAUCGGUCGCGCAAUUUGCCGAGCACUUCCGCCUGGCAUGGUCGGGGGUAAGAGGUAUCGUUCCCCAUGGCCGUAAAAGCAUGGUCGGGGAUGUGGUUCAACUACCGCGACGGAUCGGUCUUGCCGUCAGCGGCGGUGCGGAUUCCAUGGCCCUCGCAUACUUGUGUCGGCAAUUAGAACUAACGCCCAUCGGUGGGCCUAUUUCCGUAACUGCCUUUGUGGUUGACCAUCGCGCUCGACCUGAGAGUGGCGAUGAAGCCAAAUCCGUGAGCUCAUGGUUGUCAGAUAUGGGUAUCGAGACCAAGAUUUUGGAUUUAAAUUGGUCUUCAUUCUCAAAUAUUCUAGACAAAUCUACCCAAGAUAAUGUACAGAUAUCGAUGCCAAGUGCCUUUGAAACACAUGCCCGUCGGCUUCGAUAUCAAGCCCUUGGAACGGCCUGUCGCAACAAAGGCAUCGAGGCCCUGCUCAUGGGCCAUCACCGAGAUGACUCCAUCGAGACAACCAUUUGGCGCCUGGCUACAGGUGGUCGCCGUGCUGGUCUCGGCGGUAUUCAAAGCAUAGCUCGGAUUCCCGAAUGUCACGGUCUCUUUGGAGUCUCUGAAAGUGGCUCCUCGGUACGAUUAGCACAGCCUAGCGCUACUUCUCAACCACCCAUAGAGAAGGCCGCAGUCCCAUCAGCCCAGUCUUCUCAAAAGGGGUACAGUCUGGCACCAACAAAAGUGGCCAUUGCAACGGGUGGAAUUCUCCUUUGUCGUCCUCUUAUCUCUUUCUCUAAAAACCGACUCCUAGAGACUUGCCACCAAAACAAUAUUCCCUACGUCUCAGACCCGACUAAUUUCGACCCUACCUUAACGCCCCGGAACGCCAUUCGCAGCAUGAUAUCAUCCAAAUCUUUACCUCGCGCUUUGCAGGGACCCCGGAUCCUUUCCCUAAUCCGUUCCAGCCGGGAUCUUCUACAGGUAUCCUCAAGCCUAUCAGACCAGCUACUAGCAUCGCGGUGUCACAUUCACGACCUGAAUCUCAGAACAGGCACAAUGACUGUCCAGUUCAGAGAUAUACCAACCUGGAUGGAUCCCCUGUUGGCUCAGACAUCCUCUGAACGAGCCCGGCAAAUACAGGCUUUAACACUUCGGCGUAUCACGGAACUCGUUUCCCCCUUCCCGGGGAAUCAUUUCUCACUGCGCAGCUUUGAGCCAUUCGUCUCGCGCAUUUUUGGUUCGGGCAACAAAAAUGAUCCCCCGGGGGACAUGGUUCUAAAGCAAUUUACACUAGGGGGUGUGAUGUUUACCCCUGUGCAGACGAAAACCUCGUCUGGAGGGUCUGCAAAAUCGCCAACUUGCAGUACGUGGCUUUUUUCACGGCAGCCUUUUAUGAAGAAUCGAUCACCAGUCACAUCUAUCGAGAUUCCUAUACCGACACCCGAUGAGGUAGUCUCAAAUUCCCGACCGAGAUACUCACAAUGGACGCUCUGGGACGACCGGUACUGGAUCCGGCUGUCUAUUGCCCCGCUGAGGAAAGGUCAAGCUGAGUCUAAAAGCGCGACGUGUGAAAAGAGCAUUUCCUUCACGAUACGACCACUCCAGGAAUCCGAUUUCCAAACUAUGCGCGACGAACCAGUUAAGAAAGGGCGCAAGAAUAAUCCUCCCGCGGUCCUUCUUACCCAUUUGCGCAAAUUUUUGUCGGCUCAGGCUCCAGGCCCUACGCGGUAUACACUCCCCGUACUAUUGCAAGAAGACUUUAAUGCUGCCGAUCUAUCAGAAACUCAGAAAGUCGGCAAGUUAUUGACAUUGCCGGUGCUUGAUUUCGAUCUUUCGGGCCUUCGGCGUAAAGAAAAUAAAAACAAUGAGACUGAAAUCAUAGCAGGAGGUAGGACGUGGACUCUAAAGUGGGAGUGGAUGUAUAAGAUGAUUGAUGCUGAUGCAUUGCGCCUGAUGGGAAGGCCAGUGGAAGCUGAAGCAGCUAGUGUACAAUAA